AUGAGCCUGGAGAUUUUGCGUCUGAAAUCGGAAUCUAUUGAAGUCACUAGAAUCCCAAACGACCACUUUAAUAUAGGGCUGAAAGAGGCACGAAUCCAAAACUUGGGAGUGAUUCACUCAGACGCAGGUGUUGCGAUGAAUCGCUAUCAAAUUCACCUUAACUCUGGGAGAUCUCAACUGAACACAGUUUUAGCUCUGAACCCAGGCACGUUCAAAGUCGAUGAAGUAACAGAGCAAGACACGACUUUAUUCUUUGACAACGCUUUGAAAUGGAUCGAUCCGAUUCUCAAAGAAGGCCCAGAGCGAACAAAAUGGGAGGAGAUAACGCGUCUGGUCAUGAUUGAAGCCAGACCACCUCCUGACGAUACCAAUAGUCAGUCUUCUGAUACUCUCGGCGUGCCUUGCCCAACGCUUGAGUAA